UUCCCCACCGAGCUCGCCUCCCCCGUCCCGGAGCCCGCUCGCUCAAGAACAAAGAAGAGAACCAGGGGGAGGAAUCCCCAAAUCCCGAACCCCCAUGGAGAGCAACGGCGAGCCCGCCAGCAAGGCCGCCGCGCUCGCCCCCGCGGUGGUCACCGGCGCCGACGCUGCGGUCCCUGGAGGCGGCAUGGAUUUCUUUAGCCGCCUUCCCGACCACCUCCUCGUCGACAUCCUCCUCCGCCUCGGCACCAAGCAAGCCGUCGCGACGACCGUCCUCUCCCGGAGAUGGCGCGGCGUAUGGGCCCAGCUUCCCCACCUCUUCUUCGACGGCGUACACCCCUCCGUGCCCGCCCGUGCCCUCGCGGCCUACGAGGCCCUCGCCGCCUCGGAGGCGCACGCGGCCGCCGACAUCCAGAGCCUCGCCGUCUCGCCCAACCAGGUGAACGCGCGGGAGACCUUCGCCUGGCUCUCCCUCGCCGCGCCCCUCCUCUGCGGCCGGCUCCACCUCGACGACAGCCGCGCUGUGUCGGACGAAAUGGUAGAGCUCUUUCAGGAACGACGACGACGGCACGACGGCGAGGCGUCCGAGAUGCCCUGCUUCAAGAGAGCCACAGAGAUUCGACUUCGCCUCGGGUUUCUUACCCUGGAGCUGCCACGGGUUGGCGUCUUUGGUGCGCUUAGGCUGAUGCGGUUGCAGAACUUCCAGUCCCGGGGCCAGUUUCUCAUCAGCGACACCAUGCUCCCGUCCUUGCAAGAACUAACCAUGAGCAGAGUCCGUGACAUGAACGUGCUGACGCUCAACUCCAAGUCUCUAGUAUCUAUUGAUCUGUCCUAUCUCAUGGGGCUUCAGCAUCUCCACAUCACGGCUCCAGGGCUCCAUCAGCUAGAGGUGGUACGCUGCUUCUAUGAUUCUCUCAAACCAGUUGCCAGCAUUACUGCAGAGAGAUUAGAGGUACUCAGGUGGAAUAUGCCGGAUGAUCUAGAGUCUGUCCACCUCGGAGAGAUGCCAUGCCUCCAGACGCUCGGAGCACCUCCUAUCGACACACAUCGUUGGCGAGGUUUUCAGAUGGCUCAGAUAUGUGCAGGGUUUCUUGGUCGCUUUACAGCAGUUCACCACCUUGAGCUUGAGAUGACUCUUGGUCCGAGGAUGGAUAGCUCGUUGCUCCUGAUGGAAGACAUAGUCAUCCCUAAUGUGGAUAUCUUGGGGUUAUCCUUAGAAACAAAUGAGCAUGCUUUUGCAAGAAGUGUACUGUGGUUGCUCACAAAGUGUCAUGGUAUAAGAGAGCUGCGCCUAUCAUUCCAAAUCCGAGAUGAGGUCCGAAGUUACUUUCGCCAAACUGCAUUUGCCACACUGAGCCAGGAGCUGAGGGCGUUCUGAUGAUGGCUCUGAGAGAAGUGUAUAUCAUCAAUUUUGAUGGGGAUGCAGGUGAAGUUUACUUUGUGGAACAACUCCUGCUACGGGCACCGGAUCUUACAGUUUUGACAAUAGCCUCGGAGGCUGAGGAUCCUUCAUUGGGCAGCAUCGAAAGCUUAUGCCCUGCAGAUUGUACAUUUGAGCUUUUAUGGUAUUAGAAGCGAAGAGGAAUGCGUACAUCUGUUCGUUGUACAUUCUCGGCACGUAGCAACAUGUAUACAUACAGUGGGUAUAUUUGGUGACAUGAUCUCUGACUUGCUAUUGGAGCUCUGAACCAUACCCCCUUUUUCUUUAGGAAUGCAUACAAUCCUCAAAUGAGGAAUACAUACAUCUGCUCAUUGUACAUUCUGGGCAGGUAGCAACAUGUAUACAGUGGGUACAUUUGGAUUCAUGAAUGAUGACGGCGAUUGAGCAGUCUCGUAUUAUUGGAUUCAUGAAUGUGGCCAGUUGACUGUACUUAUUUGUUUUUUGCUGCCUUUGUUGUCUUUGGGAUGGACCUGUUGCUGUCCGC